UCAUGUAUAUUAAUAUAUAGUAUCGGAAGAUGUAUGACAUAAUACAUCUAAGCGUCCCAAAAGGAAUCUGCAUUGUUCAACAAAGAAGGUCGAAACGUAGGCUCAUGGAAAGCGGUAGCCAACUUUGGUUAGCUAACGGGCAUCAGACUUUCAAUUAGAGACAAGUCUUCACGCGCAUUUACGUCUGUCCUAUCCAAUUUAAUGAUGGCCAGAAACCUACUUAAAAACUCUUGCGGCGAAGAAAUGUUGGAGUUCUGGGAACUGACGGAGAACGGCGGCAGCGAGUGGAAGGUGGAGCCAGUGCCCGGGGACUGUGGCCAUGCUUUCUGCAAUGAGGCUGUUUCAACAUGUUUUGCCACCUCUUUUGAACUAUGCCUAAAGAGACAGGUGGUAAACUUGGUGGAAGAAGGUUUUUCAACACAUGACUUAGAUUCUCAGCCUGCUGUCACUGUGGAGGAUUGGUACUCAAGUCGCACAGACUGCGGAUGCGUCUACCAGCUGAGUGUAUCUCUGCUAGAUGAGAAUCAUGAAGUAUUACAAGAGUUUAACCCUGAGGAAGUCACCCUUGAUCCAGGCUGCUCAUGGAAACAGGUAAGCCAUAGUUUCACAGACUAUGGACCAGGCCUGCGCUUCAUUUCCUUUGAACAUGGGGGCCAGGACACCAGGUUCUGGGACGGCUGGUUUGGAGUGAGAGUAACAGGAAGUGUUAUCAGAGUGGAGAUUUAAGAGGAGUUCAAGAGGAAGACUAAUAUAUUACUAUGCACUUUCUGUGGUUUGUCAUGCAGGAUAUUAAAAUACUGUUUCUGGGCACAGCUAUACUUUAUAUGUACUUUAUACAUACAUCAUUAAUAGGUAGGAGUGGGAGGCUUUAGAAUAUGUGUGUACCAACUAACAGAAUUAACCAUAAACUCUGAAGUAUCAGCUAAGCAAAUGAAUAUGUAUAAUUAUAGAAAAUGUACAUUCUAUUUCUAACUAAUCUGAUUAUCUUCAAUGUCGGGCCCUUGAACAAGGCUCCAAGGACAGGAUGACAUUGCUUUCUUAAUAGUGCAUUGCAUUGAAUAAAAGCUUCUACUAAAUAAGUAAAUCUGUAUUGUAUUAUAUAAAUUAUAAUCUAAAACACUGUUGUCAAAAAGAACCUUAGAACAACAUAAGCAGUCUGUAGCAGUGUACUGCAGAUAUGUCCACUAUACAUUUGCAUGAACCAUAAAUAAACUUCAAAAUGUUA